CCACUAAGGAGCCCAAACUUUCCAGUAGCACCACCGGCAGCUGCUGCACAAAGACAGAUAGAGGGACAGCUAGAUGAAUACAAAUUAAAGGAGAAAUAAAUUCUAAGCUAAAAUUUACCUUAAAAUAUUUAAAACUUUGAUAACUAAGUUGCUUUUUUUAAGUUUUAUUUUUCCCCUUGUGUGAAAAAAAGAGAAAAUGACAAGUCUGCUGUGCAUCACGAUAUUUGUGCUGACUGUGGCAAGCAACGCAUACAGCCAGGCAACAACUCCUCACUUAACACCAACAGUUAAGGUUUUUGCCGACCUAGGCUCCAAUGUCACCCUGCCUUGCCGGCUCAUGUCCAAGGACUUUGGUCACGUCGGUAUCCGAGUCAAAUGGUCCAAGGUGGCAGAUGACGAGUCCCUGAAUGAGGACGUGAUGCUUGCAAUGGGAUUGCACAAGAGGAGCUAUGGCAACUUUGUGAACCGCGUCUUUCUGCAGGAGCAAGACAAUGAAGAUGCUUCCUUAGUAAUAAAAGAUGUGUCCAUGGAUGACACAGGAAAAUACCGUUGUGAGAUCAUCAACGGGAUGGAAGACACAGUGCAAGAGUUACUCUUGGAAAUUAAAGCUGGUGACCUUGAUGGUGUUGUGUUCCCAUACAACCCCCGUGUUGGCCGGUACAACAUGAACUUCCAGGAAGCUUCUCAGGCCUGUGAGGACCAAGAUGCUGAGAUCGCCACCUAUGAUCAGCUGUUUGAAGCCUGGAAGGAUGGUCUGGACUGGUGCAAUGCUGGCUGGUUGGCUGAUGGUUCAGUAAAGUAUCCAAUCACCAAAUCCAGAGCUCCUUGUGGUGGGGCCAACAAUGAGCCUGGUGUCAGAAGCUAUGGCCUCCCUGACAAAAACUCUAGCCGCUUUGACGUGUUCUGCUAUGCUUCUGCACUCAAGGGACAUUUCUAUUGGCUGGUCCAGCCCGACAGGCUGACCUUUGCUGAGGCAAUGCAGGCAUGCGUCGAUGAUGGUGCAGAGAUCGCUAAGGUUGGCCACAUGUAUGCCGCCUGGAAGCUUGAGGGCUACGAUCGCUGCGAUGCUGGAUGGUUGGCUGACGGAAGUGUUCGCUACCCCAUCUCCAGGCCUCGUAAGAACUGCAGCCCAACAGAAGCUGCAGUGCGCUUCCUCGGUUUCCCAGACAAAAGUGUUAAGUCUUAUGGCGUCUACUGUUACAAAGAUGAGCAGUGAGAGGGUAGAUAGAAGUAACGAAAACCAUAACCACCAAAGAGCUGCAGCAACCACAUCCAAUAAUGUCAUCUAUAAAGCAUUAAAGCUUUGGAUUGUAACUAGCAUGAACUCAAUACCUUUCUGAAACUGUGAUAACCAUUUUUAACGCCUAAAAUGCCAAUACUGUACAUCUUACAUCCAUAUGCAAUGAACGACAAAAUCUUUUGUAGCCAUUAAGUUUUGUUUUUCUGUAACUGUGCAUCCAUUAGCAAAAAUACUGUUGAGGAAAAGGCAAUGGUGCCAAUGUAUGAGUGACAUGACAGAGACAAGAACUUGAUGGUUGUUGCACUUCAUCUAAGUUUGUUUUGUCCUCCAUAGAAUGAUUAGAUAAGUGAAGUUGCCGAUUUAAAGAAUUUUUGCCCAUGAAGAGAUUUGCUGCUCUAGAACAGAAUCAAGAACAUAAAGGGGCUCCCACUGUUGAGCUAUGGAUAUUUUAUUUUCACUACUUCAAAUGUUGAAAGGUUUCCAACUUAAGUAGUUGUGACUCAAUUUGCAGUUUAAUAAGAAAAUGAAUGUAAUUGUCUUAUUGGGCUGUGUUUUUCUGAAUAAUAGCUACCAUUAGUUCAAUCCCAAUACAUUAUGAAAGACAUUUAUACUAUUGUAACCUCAUGCAGUAGGGUUUUUUAACUUUUUUUUUUGUACUUCUUUUUUUUUUUUAAUCGUUUUACUCAUAGACAACGUCCCUUGUUUUUUUACAUGUUAAUAUUGUUUUUGUUUUUUUUAAAUAACCAAUUCUGUGAUUUUAUUUUUCAAUGUUGUUCACGGUAGUUUUGAGAAAAGUAACAACAGGCGCAUUAAAAAAAACAGCAGCACAUCAGGAAGUUAGUACAUACAGUAUCUCCCUCUUUUGCCCUGAACACAGCCUUUCAUGAAUGUAUAUCUAUCUUUCCAGUGGCACUCUUCUUAUUCGUUAAAUGCCAGAGUAAAGCUAAUGAUCCAUUACACUUCUGAAUGAGGAUUCAUUAAUAUUCAUGGAUCUGAAUACUUUGGACCACUGUUGGCUUGUUUUGGACAUACAGAGCUGGUUAUUGAAACGUGUGUCUCAUCGAGAAGACAACACCCUUUCAAGUUAUCAGUUACAAUAAAAAAAUGUAACAUUUUACCUUUUUUUACUUUUCUUAAUCCUGGGCACUGACAAAAGUAUUUACUGAAGGUUACAUGUGGUAAUAUGAAGAUGCAUUGUUUGCAAAAACAAAACUUAAAAAUGUCUGUUUUAUUUGUGCAUUUGUACACACCUGUGUAUGAAAAAAUGGUAAAGGUAUUUUUGUAUCUUGCUGCCAUGUACCUUUUUCAACAAGCAGUUUGAAAUAAAAUAUACAACUUUCAAGUAAA